AUGGGUUUAGCCGGUCCUAAAAAAAAGACGAAAAUCUUCAACGACCCAAAUAACACCUCGUGGACACGAUCGACGUCCAACUAUGGCCACAAAAUCAUGACCGCCCAGGGUUGGGCGCCUGGCGAAUAUCUAGGCGUAGCAGACAAUAACCGUGCCGAUACUUAUACUGCUGCCAGCUCCAGUCAUAUCCGAGUUUCCCUCAAGGACGAUACCCUUGGGCUAGGCGCUAAACCCCGCCGGCCGCUGAUAGACGAUGAACCCACGGGAUUAGACGCAUUUCAGGGGCUAUUAGGGCGACUUAAUGGGAGAAGCGAAGUCGAAAUUGAAAAAGAAUUGAAGGUGAAAAGUGAUAUUAAAGCUCUGACUUAUAUUGAACGGAGAUGGGGUUGCAUGAACUUUAUUGGCGGCGGGCUACUAGUGCCAGACAAGGUGAAUAAGAUACCGAAUGGCGAAGAGGAUAAGGAGUCGGAAGACAGUGAAGAGGUAAAACCUAUCACGGAGUCGGCGGGUGAAGAUAUUGAUAGGAAAGAGAGGAAAAAGCGGGAGAAGAAGGAGAAGAGAGAACGAAAGGAGAAGAAGGAGAAAUCUAAGGAAAGAAAGAAGCGGAAGAAAGGGUCGGAAGAGUCUGGGGAUAUUGCAGAUAGUGGUUUUGCGACCGAGCCAUCGGCUUCCGCAUCCAGAGCCGAAACUCCGGUUGAUGCAGACUCAACAGAUUCGAAAAGCGAUAAACAGAGAUCCAAAGACAAGAAGAAAUCUAAAAAGCGGAAACGAAAGGAAGAGCUACAGGCUAGCAAGGCUGGAUCCUCGGCAACCUCAGAUGACGAGGAUGCAAAAAGCAUAAAAGAAGACGAUACGACUUCACAUACCGUGGCUCCCAUUGCUGUAAAGGAGCGUGUUAUCCCAUUUGCUCGGCAACUCCUGCGAGGCCGAUACAUACAGCAAAAGAGACGAGCUGUGAUGGAUUCCAAGUCCCUGAAUGAGGGCAGCUCUCUGGCUACAUCAGAUGCCAUGGAUGUCUGUCUGAGCCGCAUUCAGGCAGGCUUAUCUGGGAUGACGCUCGCGGACACUUCUCAGUUGGCUUCCAUGCUCGAUUUUGAAGUCUCCUUGGCUGAGAAGCUCCGAGGGGGCGGGACAGGUCCUUAUAUUGUUGAUAGCGAGGGAAUGAUCCGCGUUCCAGCUGUUCUCUUUGCAGGCGAUCCGACCAAAGGGAUACCAGGAAUUACUCUUACUCCAACAGCGCCAAAUACGCCCGUUACUCCAGCUGCCACGCCAGCCAUCUCUGCCUUCUCUCCUCUGCCACCCCCGCCUCCCACUCCUCCAGGCUUCGAAUUCAAAAACAAUACCGAGCGUUAUUUCUUUGCAAUUGCUGCACGCGCAUUCCAGGAGGCAGUGAAGGUCCCGGAGAAACCACCACCAUUUGGCUGGUUGCCUGGCCAGAAAUGUUUAGUAUACUAUUCCACGGUCCUCGAACAGUUUACUAUCUGCUUCCGUGAGCACCUCCGGAGAAAAGGCCGUUACCACGAGGCAACCUUCAACGAAGAAUCCCAACGUCACCAUAUCAGCAUCUUCAGCAACGUCCGCUCUAGAUGGCAUUAUACCCCAUUUGGCUCGAUUGAUGGAUUCAAAACCACCGUCCAGACUCCCAACAGCGACGUUGCCGUGCGUGCGUUGAAGUAUACCGUUAGGAAGCCUUUAUCUCCUCCGCCAGACGGAUGGCAGUUCAACGAACCCUUACACACCUAUUAUGACAUCAUGCUGGCUAGGUUCCGUAUUCAUCUGCGUACGCUGUUGCAGGACCAUCCGACCAUCAUGGUCGACGAACCGCUCGAUCUGUACGAUGCCAUCCGCAAAUUUACCGAACUUAUCAUUCACGAGUACCGCCGUGUGUGGAUUGCCAACUAUGGGCUAUGA